AAAUGUCAAUUGUCGUAUUCAUCAACAGCGACUUUGCGUAUAAAAACCAGUCGCGAGUAUUAAUGUGAUGUGUACAGCAUUUAGUAAGAGAAAUGAGCCGCCUUACCCGAUUCAUUCUUUUUUAUUCAGCAGUUACUGCGGGAUGGAGUGGUCCUAUAGAUGAUACCUGGGAGACAGAAUAUUUGAAAUACAACCCCGAUUUCUUUGAAGGAGACAUUAGGGGUGUGGAACCUGGAAAUAAGCCGAGGAACGCGAUCCGUGACCCGAACUUACUCUGGCCCGAUGGUGUUGUUCACUAUUCUUUCGAUAGUGAAUAUAGCUUAAGUGAACGUGCCAUCUUUGAGGACGUCUUUAAUCUGUACGUAGCCAAUUCCUGUAUCAGAUUUGUAGAGAGAACAACACAGCGGGACUACGUGUCCAUUCAGAAGACGGGCACCGGAUGCAACAGCUACGUUGGCAGGAUUGGAGGAGCUCAAGUCCUUUCGCUUGAUUCGGCGUGCUUACGUUGCACAGUUUCUGGAUGUUCAGUUCCUGGAACGCCAGUUCACGAGUUCUUGCACGCACUUGGCUUUCAACACGAGCACUGCCGCACGGAUCGCGAUGAUUACGUUACCAUAAACUGGGCCAACAUUCAGCCUGGAUUGGAAGGAGCUUUUGAAAAGUACGACCAAACUCAAAUCCAGCACCUUGCUAAUUAUGACUACGCUUCCGUCAUGCACUACGAACCGUACGCCUUCGCCGUUGAUCCAUCUGUCCCAACGAUAAUCGUACCUAGCGGUGUAAUCAUCGGGAAGACGGACGGGUUCAGCGAGGUUGACAAAGUCGAGCUAAACGCCCUUUACGGGUGCUCCGGUGUCAGUAAAUAAAAGGUGUCGUGAUUAUUCACCUGAAAUCACUUAGCUGUUUCAUUUUUAAGGUAUACACAUUUUUGUUGUUAGACUGUGUUAUGUCAGCUACUAAAACUUGUUGUUUGAAAUCACCCGGCGAUGUUAACUUGGCAUUGUAACACGAAUUCAAAUUUGAUGAUUGGAUUUCAAUUGCGUUUUAAGGUGCCUUGACGAAAGUGACCGUUUACGUUGUGUAUUAAAAUUUACUCUUUAUCUUAAAAAUGACUUUCUUAAACGUAUUCUUAAUCAA